AUGGGCUCGAUUGGAGUCUCGGACUCAAAGCCCGUUGGGUCAUACUCUCCUAGUGGCAUUGAUGUGCUCAUCGUCGGUACAGGACUUGCUGGCUUGACUGCAGCCAUCGAGUGCGUCCGGAAGGGGCACAAUGUGCAAGUCCUCGAGCGCAACGAGACGAUCAAUACAGCAGGUGACAUGUAUUUCAUGGGCCUCAGUGCUACCCGGUUCUUCAAGCAUUGGCCCGCCAUGUCAAAGGAAUACGACGCCAUCUCGCUGCACAAUGCGUGGAUCGAGACCUUCAAGCACGAUGGAGAGCGUAUGAUACCCCCGGCGAAGGUCUCUGAUCGCUUAAAGGCGCAAGGACUGGACCCAAGCACGCCACCGGGAACCUUUCAGAUGCGCCCCCUGGUGUAUAAGAUGUUUGUCCGCCAGGUUGAGAAACUAGGGAUCAAAAUUGGCUACAACAAACGCGUGGUUGACUACAUAGAAGAUGGAGAGGCUGGUAAAGCGCUCGCGAUCACCGAUGAAGGGGAGAGAUUUGAAGCAGACGUGAUCAUCGCCGCUGACGGCGUCGGAUCUAAGAGCCAAAAGCUGGUUGGUGGGCAAGUCAGAGCGAUGAGCUCAGGAAGAGCGAUGUGGAGAGCAGCAUUCCCGAGGACCCUACUGGAUAGUAACCCCGAGGUUAGGGAGUUCUUCAAGCUAGUAGGUGAGAAUGGUGACGAGCCGAUCAUUCGAACGUGGCUAGGCCCCGGAACAUACGCGAUGACCUUGUCUCGGCCGGACACGAUGAUUUGGAUUAUGAACCAUGAUGUGACCGGAUCCGAGGAGGAAAACUGGAACAACACAAUCGAAGUCGACGAGGUGCUUCGCAACAUGGACAAGGGUGUUGGCCCGAAGCCAUGGGCACCUAUGUUUAAAGAGCUGAUCAAGCUCACUCCGCCCAAGACGAUAAUCAACUUUGAGCUCUUCUGGCGGAACCCCCAACCGUCGUGGUCUUCACCCCGGGGCCGUGUGAUCCAGAUUGGUGACGCCGCCCACUCUUUCCUCCCGGCAUCCAGUAAUGGUGCAACCCAAGCGAUCGAGGAUGCGGUCUCCAUAGCCUCCUGCCUCCAACUUGGGGGCAAGGAGAACAUCCCGCAGUCCGUUCGGGCUCAUGUCCGAUUCCGGUUCACGCGUGUUUCGUGUGCUCAGAAACUGGGCUUCUCCAAUGCAGAACUGCUGCAGGACACUGACUGGAGCAAAGUGAAGCUAGACCCGCGAAGAGCGCAACCCAAAUUACCCAGCUGGGUGUGGAGCCAUGAUCCAGAGCAAUACGUCUAUGACAACUACGACAAGGCCAUUCAAAACAUGAACCAGGGCAUCGUGUUCCAGGAAGACACCAGCAUCCCCCCGAACUACCCACCGGGCUACAGAUACGAGUCAUGGAGUAUUGACCAAAUCAUGAAUGACGUGAGAAAUGGUCGGCCUGUAGACCUUGGCCCAGGUAACUGGGAUUGA